ACUGCCUCUGCAGAAGGGACCUAACGUGACAGGCUUUGUCACUUAGGAUGCCCGAGCAGUAACAAGACUUGGUGUGUGGCCAGGGUGGCUCAGUGUUUUUCUUCGCGGGACAGGACUAUUCUGUCGAGGUCACUGUUAGUCCCUACCUAGAAUUCCAUUUGUAGAGCAUCAGAGGACACGGGGAGAGGCAGGGGCAUCAGCGAAGUGGCACACUCCGAGAGCCACCCAAGGACUCCAGAUCGGCCGUGGCUUUGGUUCUGGCUGCUGUGUGAUGGAGCUGUCAAGUGGCUAGACCAGGUGCACAGUGUUAGGUAGAAUGUGCCUUUUCCCUCUUGCUGCUGCUUAUGCCUGCUUCGAGCUGACGGAUCCUGCCGCGCAAAGGCAGAGAGGAACUCUCUGUGACUGUUGAAGAUGAGAAUUCUCCAGCCAACUUCUGGGAUUCUAAAAACAGGGGCGUCACUGGAACCCAAAAGGGACAAAUUGUCUGGAGGAUUGAGCCUGGACCCUACUUCAUGGAACCGGAGAUCAAAAUCUGUUUCAAGUACUACCAUGGCAUUAGCGGAGCCCUGCGAGCCACAACCCCCUGUAUUACUGUGAAGAACCCGGCUGUGAUGAUGGGGGCGGAAGGCAUGGAAGGGGGUGCUUCCGGAAGUCUGCACUCUCGGAAGCUCGUCAGCUUCACCUUGUCAGAUCUCAGGGCAGUUGGGCUCAAGAAAGGGAUGUUCUUCAAUCCCGACCCUUACCUUAAGAUGUCCAUUCAGCCAGGGAAGAAGAGCAGCUUCCCUACGUGCGCCCACCACGGGCAGGAGAGACGGUCCACCAUCAUCAGCAACACCACCAAUCCGAUUUGGCACAGAGAGAAAUACUCCUUCUUUGCCCUUCUAACUGAUGUCUUAGAAAUUGAAAUCAAAGACAAAUUUGCCAAGAGCCGCCCCAUCAUCAAGCGUUUCCUGGGGAAGCUGACCAUUCCGGUGCAGAGGCUGCUGGAGCGUCAAGCCAUCGGUGAUCAAAUGCUCAGCUACAACCUCGGCCGAAGGCUCCCAGCGGACCACGUGAGUGGCUACCUCCAGUUUAAAGUAGAAGUCACGUCCUCUGUCCACGAAGAUGCAUCUCCCGAAGCUGUUGGCACCAUCCUCGGGGUCAACACUGUUAACGGAGACCUGGGCAGCCCUUCUGAUGACGAAGAUCUGCCCGGGAGCCAUCACGACAGCACCGUUUGUGCUAACGGACCAGUGUCUGAGGAUAGUGCCACCGAUGGGACCCCCAAGCACUCUUUUAGGACUAGCUCUACUCUGGAGAUGGACACAGAGGACUUAAUCUCUACUUCCUCAAGAACCUCACCUCCCAGAGGCCGCCAGGAUUCCCUCAAUGAUUACUUAGAUGCUAUUGAACACAAUGGCCCCUCCAGGCCAGGGGCCGCCACCUCCUCCGAGCGGCCCAUAGGAACCUCUCCCAAACUGAGGAGUAGUUUUCCCACGGACACAAGACUCAAUGCGAUGCUCCAUAUAGACUCGGAUGAAGAAGACCACGAGUUUCAGCAAGAUCUAGGCUACCCGUCUUCCUUGGAGGAGGACGGGGGCUUGGUCAUGUUCAGCAGGGCAUCCAGAAGUGAUGCUGGGAGCCUGGCUUCUCAGACCAAGCCAGAGGAGGACAACCCCGUUGAGACCGAGGAUGCCUCUGUUCACGAAGUCGCUUCCUUGGAAGAGAGGCCAGAGAACCUUCCAGAGGUUGCAGAUGGCUCCUUGCCCUCAAGUGCAGCCCCUGAUGACAACGAAGCCAGCCUAGAGCCCCAUCCCAGUGCUGACCAGGGCAGCGCUGAAUUGUCAGGCUCUCAAGAGGCUGAUCAGACCCCAAGUGGUGCAGACACGGGAGCCUCCGACACGUCUGGAGGGAGCCGCAGAGCUACCAGUGAGACCGAGUCCCUGGACCAGGGAUCCGAACCUUCCCAGGUGUCCUCGGAGACAGAACCCAGUGACCCUGCCAGGACAGAGAGCGUGAGUGAGGCCAGCACCCGGCCUGAGGGGGAGAGUGACCUGGAAGGAGCUGACAGCUCGUGCAACGACAGCGUGACCACGCAGCUGUCCUCGGUGGACACACGGUGCUCGUCCCUAGAGAGUGCACGAUACCCGGAAACCCCAGCCUUUUCUUCCCAAGAAGAGGAGGACGGGGCCUGUGCAGCUGAGCCCCCCAGCAGCGGCCCGGCGGAGGGGUCGCAGGAGUCUGUCUGCACUUCGGGUUCCUUACCUGCUGUGCAGGUGCCCAGUGGUGGAGAAGCGGAAGGGCCAGGGGCCGAGGCUGCCGCUCUCUCUGAGCAGGGGGAGCUGGGGGAGGUCUGGCAGAGGAGGGAGAGUCUGGAGGGAGCUGCUGCUGCUGCUGCUGCUCCUGAUGCUGCCACUGAGAGCCAGCCCCAGGAAGAUGGGGAUGCUGGGGACAGCCAAGGUGCCUGCGAAGGGGCCGCUGCCCAGGAGGAGGGAGCCACUGGAGGUUCGCAAGCCAAUGGCCACCAGCCACUGCGGUCACUGCCUUCAGUGCGUCAGGAUGUCAGCCGGUACCAGAGGGUGGACGAGGCUCUCCCACCAAACUGGGAGGCCCGCAUUGACAGCCAUGGCAGGAUCUUCUACGUGGAUCAUGUGAACAGAACCACGACGUGGCAGCGGCCCACCGCUCCCCCCGCCCCCCAGGUCCUGCAGAGAUCCAACUCCAUCCAGCAGAUGGAACAGCUGAACCGUCGUUAUCAGAGCAUCCGGAGGACCAUGACGAAUGAGAGGCCCGAGGAAAACGCCAGUGCCAUCGACGGGGCAGGGGAGGAAGCCGACUUCCACCAGGCCAGUGCAGAUUUCCGACGGGAGAGCGCCCUGCCCCACUCUACCUCCAGAUCUAGGCUCACGCUGCUGCUGCAGUCGCCCCCUGUGAAGUUUCUCAUCAGCCCAGAGUUCUUCACCGUGCUGCAUUCCAACCCCAGUGCCUACCGCAUGUUUACAAACAACACGUGUCUGAAGCACAUGAUCACCAAAGUCCGGCGGGACACCCACCACUUCGAACGCUAUCAGCAUAACCGGGACCUCGUGGGAUUCCUCAACAUGUUUGCCAACAAGCAGCUGGAGCUACCGAGGGGCUGGGAGAUGAAGCAUGACCAUCAGGGCAAGGCGUUUUUUGUCGACCACAACUCCCGGACCACCACGUUCAUCGACCCUCGGCUCCCACUUCAGAGCAGCAGACCCACAAGCGCGCUGGUUCAUCGGCAACACCUGACCAGGCAACGCAGCCACAGCGCUGGCGAGGUAGGCGAAGACUCUCGGCAUGCAGGACCACCCGUUCUCCCCAGACCGUCCAGCACAUUCAAUACCGUCAGCAGGCCGCAGUACCAGGACAUGGUUCCAGUGGCCUACAAUGACAAAAUCGUUGCGUUUUUGCGUCAACCCAACAUCUUUGAAAUUCUACAAGAGCGUCAACCCGAUCUUACCAGAAACCACUCACUCAGGGAGAAGAUCCAGUUUAUCCGGACUGAAGGGACCCCUGGGUUGGUUCGGCUCUCCAGCGACGCGGACCUCGUCAUGCUCCUGAGCUUGUUUGAGGAAGAGAUAAUGUCCUAUGUGCCUCCACAUGCCUUACUCCACCCCAGCUACUGUCAGUCCCCGCGAGGCUCCCCUGUGUCAUCUCCCCAGAACUCACCAGGUACUCAGCGUGCCAAUGCCCGGGCUCCAGCCCCAUACAAGAGAGAUUUUGAAGCCAAACUGAGGAACUUUUACAGGAAGUUAGAAACGAAAGGAUAUGGACAAGGCCCGGGGAAAUUAAAGUUAAUUAUCCGACGGGACCACUUGCUGGAAGAUGCUUUCAACCAGAUCAUGGGCUACUCCAGAAAAGACCUGCAGAGGAAUAAGCUGUACGUCACCUUCGUUGGGGAAGAAGGGUUGGACUAUAGCGGGCCUUCCAGAGAGUUUUUCUUCUUGGUAUCCAGAGAACUCUUUAACCCCUAUUACGGCUUAUUUGAAUAUUCAGCCAAUGACACAUACACCGUACAAAUAAGUCCUAUGUCUGCUUUUGUAGACAAUCACCAUGAAUGGUUCCGGUUCAGUGGGAGGAUCCUCGGCCUUGCGCUAAUCCACCAGUAUCUGCUGGACGCCUUCUUCACGCGACCCUUCUACAAGGCUCUUCUCAGAAUCCUGUGUGACCUGAGCGACCUGGAGUACCUCGAUGAGGAGUUCCACCAGAGCCUCCAGUGGAUGAAAGACAAUGACAUCCAUGACAUCCUCGACCUCACGUUCACUGUGAACGAAGAAGUGUUUGGACAGAUUACUGAACGAGAGUUAAAACCAGGAGGAGCCAACAUCCCGGUCACAGAGAAGAACAAGAAGGAGUACAUCGAAAGGAUGGUGAAGUGGAGGAUCGAGAGGGGCGUGGUGCAGCAGACCGAGAGCCUAGUCCGUGGUUUCUACGAGGUGGUAGAUGCCAGGCUGGUAUCUGUCUUUGAUGCGCGAGAGCUGGAGCUGGUCAUCGCUGGCACCGCCGAAAUAGACCUCAACGACUGGAGAAACAACACUGAAUACAGAGGCGGGUACCACGACAAUCACAUCGUAAUUCGGUGGUUCUGGGCUGCCGUAGAACGAUUCAACAAUGAGCAGCGACUAAGGUUGUUACAGUUCGUUACAGGCACCUCGAGCAUACCCUAUGAAGGAUUCGCUUCUCUCCGAGGGAGUAAUGGCCCAAGAAGGUUCUGUGUAGAGAAAUGGGGGAAAAUCACCGCUCUUCCCAGAGCCCACACUUGUUUUAACCGCCUGGAUCUCCCUCCGUACCCUUCCUUUUCCAUGCUGUAUGAGAAACUCUUGACCGCAGUUGAAGAGACCAGCACCUUUGGACUUGAGUGAGCUGGGAGGAGGGUGCUCGGCUCCGGGCGGACAGGCGGCGUCAGAAGCCCACCUCCUCCGGAAGAGUGGCGGAGUGGUCGUCUCAAGCCCACGCUUCCAGGAGAACAGACUGCGUGCUGCUCUUGAGGAACACAGGCUCGUGUGUUGGGGGGCUGGCUGUGAGUGCCCUUGGAAGCAUUGGGGUGAGCUCGGUGUCCGUGGAACGACCCAACUGUCUUUCAAUCAACAGUUCUUGACUGCCAAACCUUUCCCGCGCGUCCUGUAUGUUUCAAGAUAACGGUGAACCUGCACUUGAUCAACUCCAUGGGGGACUUUCAGCGACUCGGGAGAAUCUUGGAACGCUCCUGUCGGGCAUACGUCAGGCCAAACUGGCGGCACUUGGCCCAAUCUCCAAAUUAGUGCAAGUGAAAGAAUACAUAAAAAAUAUAUAUAUUUCCUGAGAGUACAUUUGUUUAAGCCCUAAGUUAUAACCGAAAUAUUCGUUUCUUGCUUACGCGUGCCUGCAUGGUGUACAGUAUAGGUUUCGACAUUCACGGAACACGAGUGAAACGAAGUCAGUAUGAGGUAACUGUCAAGAUUUGCCGCAAGGUGGUCCUGUAACAAUGUAUAUGCAAGUGGUAUGUGUGUCCUUACGGCUGAAGACAGACUUGCUCAGUGAAUUACUAAUGACAGUUCUGAUGCUUUAUAAUGCAUGAAAACAGUUUUCAAAUAGCUAGCAAUUAAUCACAGCAUAUCAGGAAAAUGUACACAGUGAGUUCUGUUUAUUUUUUUAAUAGGUUCAUUAUAUUUCCGUUCUCUAAAAUGUAUAUAAGGACCUAGCUACCAUAUUGUCCGUACCUCCUCUUCAUUUUCACGUUUCAUGCUUACUCGGACAUCUGGCUCGUCUGUCUCCUUGUAAGCCUGCUCAAGGGAACGAAAGGGCCUUUUAUUUUUAUAAAGGUUAAAAAAAAAUUCCCCCAGAUAUUUUGCACUGACCGUACCAAAGUCGAAGGGACAUUACAAUAAGACAGCAGCUCCAUCUCUUGCUGAGUACAACAGACGUUGCUUCUAAAUCAGACUUCCUCCCUAGUGCCAUGGAGCCACUUGCGAGGACUGUGCAUCUAAGUAAUAAUUUUUUAAGACUCACACUAUGUGAUAGUAUGAUAUGCAUUUAUUUAAAAAUGCAUUAGAUUCUCUUCCAUCCAUCGACCACUUUACAGGAUGGCAUUUAUUACAGAAAUUUCGUAUUCCUCCCCCACCCCCCGCCACUGCUUUUUAUUUGUACAGCAUCAUCAAACGGCAAGCUUGGUCAGGGAGCCGUCGGCAGUGGCAGAGAGGCCCACUCUCCUCGUAGGAAGAAUUCCACUUUCCCUCGUCAGUGAGGACACCACCAGUUGAAACUCUCGGCACCUCUGUUUCUAAGCUGCAUUUUCACUGAUGCAUAACUUUCUUAUUAAUAUCAAGAAAAAGUCUUUUCUAUGGUCUCUCGGAAACUGCAUGACAUCACUGACAAGCCUUCUUAAUUUAAUAAAAGGAUAUCCUUCAUUUUAA